CGCGGGGUUCGGUGUUCGAGUCCCGGGGAUGAUACAUCUGGCACACUUCUCGCCUUUCGAGCGCUUUCUCUUUUUGUAGCCUGGCAGAAUCUGCAGUCUGCAGCCACAAAGACGGCAGGAAUUCAGCCUCACCAAAAAAGAGAAGAAGAAGAAAAAAAAAAGAAGUAAAAAAAAAAAGUCCCGCUCGGCACCUGCGCGCGUCUCACCUGCGCCGCCAUGCCAGAGACCAGGCAGGAGGCUCCGGCCAAGGACUCGCCCUUCUUCAUCAAGAACCUCCUCAGCUGCGACAACAAGCCCGCCAAGCCCAAGCCGGUGCUGGCCGCCUCCAAGGCCCUGGAGGCGGCCGGAGGAUUCUCCCUGGCCCAGAUGGCCGACUUCGGCUUCCCUCGCUUCGAACUGCCGGCGCAGAGGUUCACUCUGCCGGCCCACUACCUGGAGCGCACGUCGGCCUGGUGGUACCCUUACGCCCUCAACUCAUCUGCACACAUCCACAGAAGUGAAGUCGCAGACAAGCUGUCCGCCAGAGACUCGUCCCCCACAUCUGGCACAGACCGAGACUCUCCAGAACUGGUCCUGAAGUCCGAGGCCGAGGCCAAGGACGAGGACGACGACGACGAGCAGGCGGCCUGCAAAAGCGGCGACGAGAUCAUCCUGGAGGAGAGCGACUCGGAGGAGCCCAAGAAGGACGCGGACGAGGACAAGAAGCCGUGCCGCAAGAAGAAGACGCGCACGGUCUUCUCGCGCAGUCAAGUCUUCCAGCUGGAGUCCACCUUCGACAUGAAGCGCUACCUCAGCAGCUCGGAGCGCGCCGGCCUGGCCGCCUCCUUGCACCUGACCGAGACCCAGGUCAAGAUCUGGUUCCAGAACCGCAGGAACAAGUGGAAGCGGCAGCUGGCGGCGGAGCUGGAGGCCGCCAACCUCAGCCACGCCACGGCGCAGAGGAUAGUCCGGGUGCCCAUCCUCUACCACGAGAACUCGGCCUCGGAGGGCGGCGGCGUGGCCUCCUCCUCCUCCUCGGUUCCCGCCAGCCAGCCGCUGCUCACCUUCCCGCACCCCGGCGUCUACUACUCGCACCCCAUCGUCACCUCCGUGCCCCUGCUGAGACCCGUCUGAGACCCCCACCCACCCCACUAAAAACUCUAUUUUUAUACUCUAUAUUUUUCCCAUCACAUAUUAUUAUUAUUAUUAUUAUUAUGAUAGUUUCAUCUCAGGAGUCUACCUGCUCACACUGCCUAAAGAGUGUCUUUUAUUUAUUUUUAUUUUUUAUUUUUUUAUUGUCAUCUUGUUUAC